CCCGCACCCCGGCUGCAGGUGACAGGUGGGUGGCGAGGCCAGUCUCCAGGUGUGCGUUCCCUGGCCGGGUUCAUCCGCGCGCCCGGCCUGGGCCCGAGGUCUCCCCGCAUGCAUUGCUUGUGGGGCCCCCUCCCCCUGCGAGGGUCCCACCUUUGCCACCCUGCUGGGUCGUCCGACCGGGUGGAAUCUCUUUUCCUCCCGUCGUUCUAGUCACAGGUCCUAGAUGGAAAGAGGGUAUCUGCCCCCUAGGCCAGCUCUGGCCCCAGGCCCCCCAACUCUGAAUUCUCCACCCAAGCUGGAGAGAUUGAAAAGUGGGUUCUUGGUAGGCUUUCACACCCCAGGCUGUUGGAGUCACCACGGGGUUGGGGUGACUGAUGCUGGCAUGUCUCCUUUGGAAGUUUUGGUGUGAGGACUUCAGAGAAGUUUGUUUAGGCCCAUGUAGACCCGGACCUACUCCUGGGCUCAGGAUAUGGGCACCCCCUUGGUAAUGGGCAGUAACUGUCCUUACCUCUGAUCUCAGUCUCUGGACCCCUGCUAGGCGCUGCAGUCCCUCCUCAUCUCCUCUGAUGUAAGUUCCUUAGGAACUGCCAGAGGAGGGGCUGCCUCCCCAUACAACUCCCCCCCAUCCCCUUCCUGUGGCCUUGGGUGUCCCUGUGGGAGGAUCCAGUAGGACAGAGCUCAGAGUCCCUUCCCAGAGCUCUCAGGGUCCGGAGUCCCCCAGCAGAACAGGGCCCAGGAGGUAUAGCCUCAGGCAGCGGGGUAAUCCCUGUGGUUGAGAUGGCUGGCAGUUUCUGGAGUGGUACUGGUGGACCUAUAGGUGGGAGACAGAGAGGCUUUUGAGGGUGGAGGUGAGGGGGAGGAGGUUAGCCAGGUAGAGGGUGGCUGAGGGAUUCCUGCUGGAGACAAGGCUGAGAAGAGGGUCAGGUAGGGUGGUUCCACUGGCAUGGGGACUUGUGGGAUCCUCAAUCCUUGAUCUGCCCCCACCACUCCUUCCCCCAGGGAAAUUUACUCAAUUGAGGAGUAGGCUAGAGGCCCUCAGUGCCUGUCUUGGCCAUCUUCCAUCUGUGUCCUGGAGAGAAGGAUCCAGGGGUGCCUGGCCAGGCAGGGCGGCAUUGCCUUCAGUCUAGGCGGGGCUGUGGAGCACCGAGGUGCUGGGCCAGGACAGCUUGUGAGCUGACAGCCUUAUUGGUGUCAUAACUGACUCCUGGGAAAGAUGUUGAUUUCCUUCUUCCUGAACACUUCACCUCUCCGGGGACUGCUCCCAGCCCAGUACCAGGUAUGAUUCUUGGCACGUUUUAGGACUGUGUGUCUGGGGACAGAGGAAGUCUAUGAGAGCUGAUGAGGGUUUCAAGACAGAGUUAGGUGCUUCCAAGAUGAUCGUGUCUCCUGGAUAAUCUGGGGAGACCUCAGCUGAGCAGCCCCUCUCCUAAACCAGAAGCCUCCAUCACCUACUUUCCCAUGUGGCCACGUACACAGAAAUGACCGAUCCCUUCUGUGUUGGAGGAAGCCGCCGGCUCCCGGGAUCCACCAAGAGUGGACCUGGGAAGGAUGGAGGCCGGAAUGAAGUCCGACUUCCUGUUUUGCAUGACCCACCAAAAUUGGGGAUGCCGGUGGUCCGGGGUGGGCAAACAGUGCCCAGCCAAGGCCCACUCUGCUUUGACCCGGGAAGUCCAGCCAGUGACAGGACGGAAGGGAAGAAAAAGGGGCGUCCAAAAGCCGAGAAUCAGGCCCUCCGAGACAUUCCUCUCUCCCUGAUGAACCAGUGGAAGGAUGAAUUCAAGGCACACUCAAGGGUGAAGUGUCCAAACUCAGGGUGCUGGCUGGAGUUCCCCAGCAUCUACGGGCUCAAGUACCAUUACCAGCGGUGCCAAGGGGGUGCCAUCUCAGAAAGGCUGACCUUUCCCUGCCCCUUCUGUGAGGCUGCAUUCACCUCCAAGACCCAGCUGGAAAAGCACCGGAUUUGGAACCACAUGGACCGACCCCUGCCUGCCCCCAAGCCUGGGCCUGUCAGCCGGCCGGUUACCAUCAGCCGGCCCGUUGGGGUCAGCAAGCCCAUUGGAGUGAGCAAACCUGUCACUAUUGGCAAACCUGUGGGUGUCAGCAAACCUAUCGGCAUCAGCAAGCCAGUGACGGUCAACAGGCCUGUGCCGGUCACCAAGGCUGUCACAGUCAGCAGGCCUGUGCCGGUCACCAAGGCUGUCACGGUCAGCAGGCCUGUGCCGGUCACCAAACCCAUACCAGUCACCAAGUCGGUGCCGGUCACCAAACCUGUGCCAGUCACCAAGGCAGUGAGUCUCAACAAGCCAGUGCCAGUCACCAAAUCCGUGCCGGUGACCAAACCAGUGACCAUCAACAAACCGGUGCCGAUGACAAAACUUGUGACGGUUACGAAACCCGUGCCAGUCGCGAAGCCGGUGACGGUCAGCAGGCCCAUUGUGGUCAGUAAGCCGGUGACGGUCAGCAGGCCCAUUGCCAUCAGCAGGCACACACCACCUUGCAAAAUGGUGUUGCUGACCAAGUCUGAGAACAAAACUCCUCGUGCCGCAGGGAGGAGCAGUGGUAAGAAAAGGGCUGCGGACAGCCUGGAUGCAUGUCCCAUCCUGCCAAAGCAGGCGAGGCCAGAGAAUGGGGAGUAUGGCUCCUCCACCACAGGCCACACCUCGGCCUUCCAGCUGAGCACAGACCCCAGCAGCAGCCCCCUUUCUCUGGGCAGCAGGCCCUUGGGAAGCAAGGAGGCACCGAGGGCCACCGGCCCUGUGUCCCCACCUGAGGAGGGAACAGAGCGCACAAAGCACAGAAGGAAACAGAAAACACCCAAGAAGUUUACAGGGGAGCAGCCGUCCAUCUCAGGGACCUUUGGACUCAAAGGCCUGGCCAAGGCAGAGGACAAAUCCCGCAUGCACCGUGCCAAGAAGCAGGAGGGGCCAGGCCCUGAGGACGUGCGGAAGAAGGUGCUGGCUCCUGCUAGCACGGUCAGCAAGGAAGUGCCGGCCCCCACGGCCCACCCAGCUCCAGGUGGCCCUGAGGAGCAGUGGCAGCGGGCCAUCCAUGAACGGGGGGAGGCUGUCUGCCCCACCUGCAAUGUGGUCACCCGAAAGACCCUUGUGGGGCUUAAGAAGCACAUGGAGGUGUGUCAGAAGGUAAGGCUGCCCCGGGGUCCCAGGCGGGGAAGUGCCCAGAAUCAGCUUCUCAUGACAGGGGCAUGUCUGCAGCUGCAGGAUGCUCUCAAGUGCCAGCACUGCCGGAAACAGUUCAAAUCCAAGGCCGGCCUCAACUACCACACCAUGGCUGAGCAUAGCGCCAAGCCCUCUGACGCUGAGGCCUCGGAGGGGAGUGAGCAGGAGGAACGGGAGCGGCUGCGCAAGGUGCUGAAGCAGAUGGGGAGGCUGCGGUGCCCCCAGGAGGGCUGCGGGGCUGCCUUCUCCAGCCUCAUGGGCUACCAGUACCACCAGCGACGCUGCGGAAAGCCUCCCUGUGAAGUGGACAGCCCUUCCUUUCCUUGCACCCACUGUGGAAAGACGUACCGCUCCAAGGCUGGGCACGAUUACCACAUGCGCUCGGAGCACACAGCCCCACCGUCUGAGGAGCCUGAGGACAAGCCCCCCGAAACGGAGGACCUCUUGGGUGUUGAGCGGACCCCCAGUGGCCGCAUCCGCCGUACUUCAGCGCAGGUUGCCGUGUUCCACCUGCAAGAGAUUGCAGAGGACGAACUGGCCCGAGAUUGGACCAAGCGGCGGGUGAAGGAUGACCUGGUACCUGAGACCGCCCGGCUCAAUUAUACUCGGCCAGGCCUACCCACACUUAACCCCCAGUUGCUGGAGGCGUGGAAGAAUGAAGUCAAGGAGAAAGGCCAUGUCAACUGCCCCAAUGACUGCUGUGAAGCCAUCUACUCCAGUGUGUCCGGCCUUAAGGCCCAUCUCGCCAGCUGCAGCAAGGGAGACCACCUGGUGGGGAAGUACUGCUGUCUGCUGUGUCCAAAGGAGUUCAGCUCUGAGAGUGGCGUCAAGUAUCACAUCCUCAAGACCCAUGCAGAGAACUGGUUCCGUACUUCGGCUGACCCACUUCCCAAACAAAGGAGCCAGGACUCACUGGCACCCAAGAAGGAGGAGAAGAAGAGGCUGGCAGGUGGGAAGAAACGAGGCCGAAAACCCAAGGAGCGGACCCCUGAGGAACCUGCACCCAAGACCCCCCCACGUCGGGACGACUGGCCCCCAGGAGGCAAAGACAGAGGGGCCCGGGUCCCCACUGGCCGGAAGGUCGGAGCCAGCAAGGCUCCUGAGAAGCCCAAGGCUUUGGGGCCCUCGGUGACCCAUGGUUCUGGGCUGAUGAGGGCACUUGAGCAGCCUCACCUUUCUACCCAACACUGGACCCCAGCACCCCCAGCUACCUCCCAGGACAGACUCUGAGUCUGACUGCUACCAUGCGGACCGGACAGCCAGCCCUACCGUGGCCUCCCUCGUCCUUCCACAUCUGGCUCCUCUGCUUCUGUUCUCUACCUCUCCAGGCCCCCCUCCCCUGCCUGUGUGAACCCCCUCACUCCGGCUAUGCUUGGGCCCCUGCCCCACUGGCCCCUGUCCAUCACGAUGGGUGGAGGUGGCCCUGUUAACAGAGGGGUCUCCUGCCAUUCUAUCUUCAUGGGUGCUCCCUGCCUGGGGCAAGGGGAGGGUUCUGCUCUCACCUGCAGGGCUGUAGGAGCAGAGGGUAAAGGGGGCCGCAUGGAGCAUAGCUUUGCCUCCAGUCUCCAGCUUUGCUAAUACCACUGCUCUAGGGGCAGCCCAGUGGGUUAGGGAUGGGCCAGUGUGAGCUCUAGGGUCAAUCUGGGACCCACAAGCAUGUGGGACAUGGAACUGGGGCCCAGCUCUGAGGAGUAAUCCCUGUGGGAAUCAGCCUUCUGUCUGCUGGUCUGGGUUGGCCUGUGGCUAAGCUUCCAUGGGAGUCCCCUUUUCCCCUUUUUUUUACCUGCCCUUUUGUUUCUGGUUGCGUGGUCUUUUGAUAUGAGAGCUGAAGGCCAGGAGGGGGCUUGGCCAAGGUCAUAUCGUGUUGGGGGGCAGCUCUGCGCUGGCCCCCUUUGGGGCCCAGAGGAUGGCCAGGUCUGCAGGUUGACCAGGGUUCAGGCUGGAGUCCAGGGCACCCAGACCAGGUGGCCAUACUGCCUCUGGCCUCCUCCCUGGGCCCUGUUUUCCAACUUUGGCAGUGUAGGGAGGAGGAGGGUACUCAGAGCCACUGGGUCUGGACAGAGGUUAUUUCCCACUGGGGGGUAGGGGGUGGGCUGAGGGCUCGGCCUUGCCGAUCCUGGAUGAUGUGAAUUUUGAUAUUUGCCCGUGUGCGUGUGUCUCCUGGGUGUAGUGGAUGCCAGUCUUGUUGCUGUGACAAGUAACAACCUUUUUUUUAUUCUGUUUUUUAUACAAAAACAACAAUCUGACAUUUUGGUGCUAAGGGUUUCCUGGUGCCGACGGUGGAUCUAGGGGCUGAGGGGGUGUCUCUCCCCUGCUCAGGGAGGCAGUGCUGACUGGGCACCUCUCUGCCCCUAAGCUCCCAUCCUCAUCUAGUCCCAGGAGAGGAGGGGCCCCAAGCCUGGCUUGACUCUCCUAGCCCUGCAGUAGGGAGACAGGUUCCAGGGGGGGCUUUGGGGCUGGUCACGCUGCCCAUCUCCAGUUUCCUUCCUCUGACCCAAAGGCUCUUGGGCAACCCUGGCCUGUAUGCUGGGGGGGGGAGUGGGGGGGGGCGAGACCUGGACUACCCCCACUCACACCUUGAUUUGAUCAAAGACCGGAGGCAUGGGCAGAUGGAUGUCUGUGGAUGGAUCCAGUGUCAAAAGUCAAGGGAGGGUGGCAUGGGCAGAAUGACUUUUCUGUGUUCCUGGGUGUCACUAUGGUAAUACAGCUGGUGGAGGCAGAGGUGGGGUCAGGCAGCAACUGCGGGGGGCAGCUUUGGGUAGGGAGGGGAUGUAGGUGCUGGCAGGAGCCCCAGGUGCAUUUGUCCUUGUCACCAAUGGCUGGAGGAGGUUGGACCCCAACACCUCUGCUGGGGAUGGCCACCCGCCCCAGCCUCUCAGGUACUUAGCCCUUAGGGAGUGGGGGGCUGGGUUUUUGCUGGGGGGUGAAUUUCCAGGUUGCUCCCUGAAAUCCACAGAUGGUCCCUGGUUUGGGAACCCCACCUAGAUGUGUGGGAAGAGGUGGGGUCCUGGGUAACUUGAUGUUUAGCACUUUAACCCCCUUCUUUGUCUUUAAAGUGGGUGUGGGGGGCUGCUGCCAAAAGUGACUAUUGGGUCGGACCCCUCUCUCCCUUCUUCCCUUCCUGCUUCCCAUGUUCUGGUGAGUGGCAGUAGUGAGCUGGUGGGCAGAGCCCUCCUCCAAAGGGGGCAGAGCCCUGGGCAGCUCAGUGGGAUCUGCCCAUCUCCCACUGUGGUGGGGAUUCAGCCAGGUAACCACCUGGCCUUGAUUGACACCUUCAGUGAGAGGGACUGGAGUGGCAGACCCCCAGGGCAUGGUGGGCAUGAACCCUGCCCAAGACCCAAGCCCAGGGCACAAUGCCAGGUCCCUUUCUGAAGAUCUACCUCUGGCCCAGCCCACCCACCAUUGCCCUGAGAACAGGAAAGGGCCAACUCAAGGGGCUAACACUUCACACAAAAAUAGGAUGCACUUUGUGCAAAGGCAGAUGAGGAUGUAUCCUGGUGUGAGGUGAUCAGUGGCCCUUGCAGCCGUAGCCCCCCCUCCUGUCCCUCUGGUUCAAAAGGGAGAGAGUGGGUGCACUGUGACCCACGAAAGGCAGGGCUGUCCCGGUGUCCAAUUCGACGGGCCCCAGGUGGCUUACCCUGGAGGCCUGGGGUUCACGGAGCGGUCGGCCAGUACCUCUGGCCUCGCAGCCACACAUCCUGUGCUUUGGGUUUCUUGGUUUGGGUUUUUUAAUGCCAGUUCUCCGUACAUAAGUGCAUUUCGGAAGAGAGGUUCCAGCUAUCACUUGUAACCGUAUAUAUACAUAUAUAUUCUAUCUACAAAGUGUUUAUUUGCAAGAUGUUUUGACGGUGAGCUCGGGCCCUGCCCGCCUUGUGACCAUCUGUCCCCGGUCCUCGUUCCCGCCCCCCGACCCCAAGUGGCGCGGGGGUGGGCCAUCAACUGUAUGUAUUAAAUAUGACCGUAUCAAAUAAAUGUUUAUUGAUUUUUUUUCCA